AUGAUGAUCCACAGUAACACUGCCAUCACAGAAACAAGUACACUGACGUCAUCGACGACGAUAAAAGAUAAUAGAAAUUCAUCAACAACAACGCACUCACAGCCAAAGGAUAUUUCAAGUGUUGCCUCUUCUUCGAGUACAGAUGAGGAGGAGGAUACCAUCUUGUCAAAAAGUCUCGGCCACUUCAAUUCUUCACAAGGAACAAACAUGCCAAGAGGCUCUUAUCAUGAUAUCAAAUCUAGAUACUUUAUGUCUCUCAAUCUUUCUCAACAAAAGACUCCACCUCCACAAACCUCUCCUCUUCCAAACUCUUCUGGUGCUCCAUCUGCUACUUCUCCUCGCGCAACUAACAAUGACAACACAAAUGUUAACAGACCACAGCGAACGAGUAGUUUAAGUGUUCAGUUGUCAAAACAAUCUUCAACGACGUCACCUGUUGAUAAACAAUCUCCGAAAGAGGCCUCCAAGAAACAAACACAAAUUGAUUUCUACAAGCAUUCUCAAGCAAUUCCCAUCCCAACCAAAGUUUCAAACCCAUUCCCAAUGAUUGAUAAUAGUGUAGUCACUCCAAAUCAUGGAACCACCUAUGAGCCAUCACUUGUUCCAAGUCUCAUGAAUGAUGACACAGCUCCAAUGAUGUUUGAUGGUGACUUUAGUUUUACAGAUAGCAGUGAGAGUGGAAGCAUUGAUUUGGCUCCAUUCUUUACAACACAAGUGACGAUUUCUCCCAACAAGAACAACACGAGCAGCAAAACAACUCAACUCAAAUCAAGUAUGAAGUCAACUGCUCCCUCAUCCUCAAAACAAAAAGGCGUUCAAAAGAGUGUAUCCAUGAAGAUUGAGACAACGACAUCUGUUGUCAGAGAUGAAGAUAUUGAUGAUGACAGAUCGCCUCUUACACCAAACAGAAACAUUAUUCCUCCUCACUUGCUCAAUAACCGAUCAGAUUUUUCCUUGUACAGACAACAACAAAAACAUAACACCAAAGUAUAUAAAAUAUAG